AUGUUCACUUCACGUUUACUGUUUCUGAUAAUAAGUAAUUACAUUCUGCUAAUUAUUUACAGUUGUUGUAUGCAGAGGCAGCGAACGAACUCACUACCCUCAGGAAGGAGCGAUCAUGAGUGCAACAAUCCCGAGCUUCGAUUCGAUCAAAUUCUUACUCAUUUUUCUUUCUUAAGAAUUAACAUUGAUAGCAUCAUACUUCCUCAAGCAAAUGAGCUCAUAGAGCGAUUGUAUAAUGAAGGAUCAUUAUAUGGGUUCAACCUUGAAUAUCAAUUUCCGUGUCUGGAGAGUAUCUCAAAGUCGCUCAAAGCAGCCGUGAGGAUACCGGCUAAGAGUUUCACAAUGACUGAGAUUCAAUUUCGGCAUAAGCGAGUAGUCUUGCUUCGCAUGAAUCAAGACAUCAUUCCUUUUUGGAAUCGAAAACAUCUGAUACUUCGACUACACGUACAGCUAAAUACUCGCGGGAAGUUUUCGACUCGCCUGCUUGCGGAAUGCAGUAUACCUCUGGUCGAACUUCUGAUUCCACCAUUUUGCAUCUGUCGAGACUUCAAUUUCAGGCCUGCUAGAGGAAUGACCUUUGAGGGAUCUGCGCUGAUUCGAAUUGAUUUGGGAAGCCGCGACAGAAAAUUGAUGGAAACCUUGAAAGAAUUAAGAGACCCCUUGUUGGAAUCUACCUAUGUAGUACAUGGUGUUGGUACUGAAAAUGUCGCCGAGAGUCAGCGUAAAGAUAGCGCGUCACAAACAAGUGAGAACCGACCGCCGUCAAGGAUUGCCUCACCUCGUAUCACACCAAGAGUUGGCGCAGCACCUUUCCGUGAGAGAAUCCCAUCAAACUUCACCGAUACGUCGGAUUCAGUUUUCGAAUAUCCAUCGAGAACCAAACCUCAUGUGCAAUUGUCACAGAGACUUCCAGAGUCUGGCAGAGAAUUUCGUCCUGCAAUAAGAUCAGACACAUCAUCGACAGCAAGGGAGAGAGAAAGGCUUACUCCACAGGGCAAGUCGUUCAUGCAGCUUACCGUGCAUGAAGCAAGGGGUCUACCACCAGUUCAGGAUGAAAGAAAUCGCUAUGUUUCGCCAAACACCUACGUCUCUGUUCUUGGGAGGGAUGGAGAGCUAAGGUCUUCGAUUUGUGAAAGAUCCAGGCGUCCAUUGUGGAACUGGACCUCACGUUUCUACGUCUGUGGAGAGCGGCGUAAUCUUCUCGUCAAAAUUUUCCACCGAGAUAACGAAGGAGAUAAGUUGCUGGGAUUUGUGUCUUUGCCAUUGCCUAUCGAGGAAGCCAAGCGAGUAGAUUACGAGAUGGUAGAUCUCUCUGGAAGAGCAGGUGCAAAUGGAGAAGUUCCUGUUUUAACCAUGUCCAUGGAAACAUAUGACCGAGAUGGUAGUCGAACCAGCUCCUAUAGCGAUGGUUUAUCUGCAAGCUCGAGAAUUACUUCGCCUCAUAUCCGUCCAUUUUCUAGUUGCUCAGCCCGCGAGACUUCACCGCGCCAGGAGCCCAUUAUUACUGCCACUCGUGAAGAGUUGGCAGAAAAUUUAAGAAGAAACAUCGCAGAGCUCGAUCGACUGAUGAGGAAUAUUAAGUAACGGCUAACUCUGACUGUAAAUAGAUGUUUCACAUUUUUCGUAUAGUUAACCAUGAUUGAUCUUUAACUUAUUGCUCAUAGAACAACUUGCCUCUCGUUACAGAUCUUCAUGUUAAUCACUUGUGAUCUUCAACGUUCUUACUUGCAUUCACUUGCUUAAUUCACUUUAAUGGAUUGCUCCUAUCUACUUGCUUUAUUCACUUAAAAUAUAAAUCGUACAUAAAGAUCC